CUCUGGCAGACUCUCUACUGAGUGUGGAGCCUGACGCGAGGCUUGAUCCCAGGACCCUGAGCUCAUGACGUGAGCUGAAAUCAAGAGUUGGCUGCUUAACUGACUGAGCCACCCAGGCACCCCCUGUGUAAAUCAUUUAAAGUAGUGCAAGUCCUCCCCUGAAACACUGUGCUGUCUAAUCUUCAAAGUUUAGAUUUCUAUCUUCAGAAAAACCUAGAACAAUACUCAAGACAUUAUGAAAACAACUUUAUAAUUAAUUAUGAUUGCUUAAGACCAUAACAUAGUUGAAAGCAAUAUUCGUUUGUCUCGACGGCCGACUUGAGCAGACUCAGGUACAGCACAGCAAGUGCUGAUCUGUAUGUUAACGACGCCGUAAGUUUGUUGCUCAUCAUGGGACAGGUUUAAAAAUGCACGUCCUCCAUUCCAGAAGAAGGGGAAUAAAAGGCUGUUAAGAGAAUAGUAGUUUUAUUCAGGUCUGUCCAAAUUCCUAUUUCUCUUGGAUUGCCUGAGUCUUAGGAUCCUUUUCUGCGUGUAACAUAUGAGUGUGCUCUGGAGACUUAAUUAUUGUCUCCACAAAUAUUGAGCUUCCACCAUGAUCCAGGGUCGGCUGUAGAGACCAGGGAUAUACCAGUGAACAAAUCUGACAGGGUCUCUGCCUUCAUGGAGCUGACACGUUACUGGUGGCAGAAGAACCAUAACCAGGGAACCAAUAAAACAGGAUAAGGAAUUAAGAAGGGUUUUAUAAAUGAGAUAAUAUAAGAAGGAGACUGCCCAAGUUUCACUUUAAGCAAUUUUUUCAUAAUAUGUUCCUCAUAUAUUUGCUUUUCUUCACCAUGAUCUGCUAAAUGCCUGCCUCAGUUUCCCUGCUAUGGAGCCUGACUUUGCACCGACAGAAGUUUUUCUUCUCCGAUUUCAUGCUCUGCACCUGAGACUGCUAUGUAGCGAAGAUUUUCAACAGUGGCUUCCUCAGGCUAAAGCUGCUGCCAGGCACUGGUGGCCUGGCUGGGGACAUCAUCUCACCCGUCGUAUUUGUCUGGUGGAGCCCUGCAUUAGUUCUCAUCCAUGGAAUCGGAGUGCAGGAACUAGGACUCUGCUGCAUCCUGGCAGUUACUCAGUGAGGAGUCAUCAAACUGAAAUAAAUAAAGAGCUUUGUUACAACCACCAACUCAGAAGUUUUUGCAAAUCACAAUGAUUUUCAUAUAGUAUUAAAACAGUGGGAAAAAAAAAAAGACUGAUCAUGAACUCCAAAGAUUUUGUAGUUCUUCCAUGGGGAAAAUCUGGAAACUCUGUAAAGCUGAAAUACAAGAAUGCUCAAGAACUGAGGAUGGAGAAGAUCCAGUUAGAAUUGGAGAACAAACAGAUGGAAAAGAAGCUACAGGAAUUCCAAUCAGCUCGGAGCAAAGAAAAGGAAGAAAGAGAGUCAAGUGGAUAUCACUGGAAAUCUGGACAAGUGGGAAAAUUGGGUAAUCAAUCACACAUGAUGUCACAAAAUAAAGGAAAUAUUAUUAAGAUCUCUGCUGGAAAAGUGAAAUUAAAAUUACUGAAGGAGCAACUUCAAGAGCCAGUGAAACCACCACUUAAUUAUAAGAUGGCCAAUCCUUCUGAAAGUGAAAAACCCAAGAUAAAAGGGAAGAUUUGCGGACAGUGUGAGAACAAAGCUGCUCUGCUGGCAUGCCUUGAAUGUGGAGAAGAUUAUUGUUUGGGUUGCUUUGCUAAAAUUCACCAGAAGGGGGCACUGAAGCUCCAUAGAACAACUCAUUUACAGGCAAAAUCUCAAAUAUUAUCCAAUGUAUUGGAUGUUGCCCAUCGAUUUAUCAAGGAAGUCAAUCCAGAUGAACCCAAAGGGGAGAAUCAUUCUACAAAAGAGAUUAGUAAAAGUCAGAAUAAACCCAGAUUUCUUCUACAGGGGAGCAACUCUGGGGUAGAAGUUCCACCCACAAAAAAAGCAGAAUGUUUGAAUCCAAAAGAUAGGCUCCUCUGUGAAGGGUCAUUUGAUGAAGAAGCUUCUGCCCAGUCCUUUCAGGAAGCUUUAAAUCAAUGGAGAACUGGACAUCAAGAUGACAACGAGAAACAGAACUUACAUGAAGCAAAAGCAGACUCAUUGGAAGAAUGUGAAGUACAAACUAAUCUGAAAAUUUGGAGAGUACCACUCCAUAUUGAAUUUAAAGAAGACAGUCUAUCCUAUAUGGAAAAAUUAUGGCUUAAAAAACACAGAAGAACUCCACAGGAGCAACUUCAAAACAUGCUACUGGAUACAUUCAUACCUCAAUGUAAAACUGCUAGUGAGGCACGGUGUUCCCAGAAUGAAAGUGAUGAAGAUAGUGAUGUUGAGGAGACCAAAGUACAAUACCCAGAGCUUUUUCUGCCAGUAGAAGAAUUAAACAUAGAGAGACCUGAGCCAUCUCUAAAAAUAGUUGAACUGGAUGAUACUUACGAAGAGGAAUUUGAAGAACCAGGAGACAUAGUGCCCUAUAAAGUUGAGUUAGCAGAUGCAGACAGUCAACAAAGUUGCACAUUUCAUGAUUAUCAGAACACUUUUCUAUAUGAAACUGACAUCCGUCAACAUCAUGUUUUCACCAAGGGAAAAACAGAGUUCUUACAUCUUCAUCUGAACAACAGCUCUUCUUACUGUAAAAAUAACUCAAAAGAAGUCUUCUCUGUCACUGAAGGACUACCCUGGGAGACAUACUCACAGAUGCAACAAGAUGAAGAGAAACUGAUUUCUGCAUAGGAUCUGGGACAGGUCAAUAAAAU